CGAGAGCAGCGGCGCCAGAUAUCGUCUUUUUUUGCAAUAGAUAAAUAGAUAAUUAAGGUUUUUGGGUUUAUUAUUAUUUUUUUAAAAGUUCGCUGGAAAGGUGUUCAGUUUGUUUACUGUUGUUGUUUAUUUCUUGUUUUUUUUAUUUUUUUGUUGGGGAAAGCAUUGUGAAAUUUUAUUUUUUUAGAUCAUUUUUUUUUUAAUUUAUUUUAUUUUACUCUUUAUUUAUUUUGUUUCAUUUUCUGUUCCGUUUUCUGUGUUUUUUUUUUUUUAUCGGGAACUUUGUCGUUUUGACAGAUAAUUAUUCAUUUAUUUAUUUUUUCUCUUCGCCCUUUUCCCUUAUCUACCUCUUUUAUGCGUCUGUGUGAAUUAUCGUUUAUUCUGCGUCCAUGAGAAGAAACAAAAGAGAAGAAGAAAGUGUAAAUAGAGGAACACCGCGAUGGAGAAAGAGUCAUACGAAAUAGACGCUUUGGAUCAAAAAGAUGAGGAACUGGAUGCUUAUAAGGGCGAAGAACCGGCCGCAGUUCGGAGAAAAAGAGAACUUAAACAGGUGGGCUUGGUGAGUCUGGUGGGUUUGUCUUACUUCUCAUUGGGUGCCAUGCUCCCGUGGCCCUCCCCGGCACUCUCCGAUAUGGCCGAGAAUAAUGCCACUCUUGUUGGCACUGAAAUUUCUCUCACGUCGGCUGAGAAGGAUAUGACGGGCAGCCUCGUGUACCUGGGGACACUGUUCGGGGCGUGGGUGGCAGGCUUCCUCGUGAGCGCUGUUGGGCGGCGUCGAUCCCUGCAGCUGAUCGUGGCGCCCUAUGUGGUGGGCUGGCUCAUCAACGGCCUCGCCCCCAACCCCCCUGUGCUGCUCACUGCAAGGUUCAUCCUGGGUCUCGCGGGCGGCAUGACCACCAUCGCUGGCUAUGCCUUCGUGGUGGAGCUGGCGGACUCCCACCUGCGCGGCACCAUGGCCACCAUCCCCACCAUGGGCAUCGUGCUGGGCGGCCUGUACACGGUGUCCCUCGGCUAUGUGCUGGCGUGGCACGUCCUCGCCUUCGUGUGCAUCCUGCCGCCGCUGCUGCUCCUCGUCGGCUCCUUCUUCCUGCCGGAGUCGCCGUCCUACCUGGUGAUCAAGGGGCGUCGCCAGCAGGCGCUCGUCAUCCUGCGGAGCCUGCGCGGAGACUACGCCGACGUGGAGGCCGAGGUGGCCGACCUGGAGCGGCGGAACCGCGUGGGCGGCGGCGAGGGCGGCUGGCGGGGCCUGCUGAAGGCGGACGUGCUCAAGCGCAUCGCCGUCGUCGUCACCCUGUUCGCCCUCAUGCAGCUUUGCGGCAACUUCGUGUUCAUGAUCUACACGGCGCGUGUCCUGCAGGCGACGGGGGCGCCGCUGGACCCCGACGCCAUCACGGCCAUCGCGGGGGCGCUCAAGGUGGGCGGGACGCUCGCCGCCAUCCUGCUCAUGGACCGCGUCGGCCGCAGGAACUGCCUCAUCGGCUCGCACGCCGUCAACGCCGCCUGCCUCCUCAUCCUCGGCACCUACGUCCACCUGGCCGAGGGCGCCGAGCCGGGCGACGACUCCUUCGACAGGCUGAAAUGGGUCCCUACCGUGUGCGUGACUGUCUCCCUCUUUUUCUGUGAUAUCGGCGUCCACCCUGUGCCGUACGUCCUUUCGUCGGAGUACUUCCCUACCAACCUCAGAGCUCAGGCCUCAUCCAUCUGCAUCUCGGCUGGAACUAUACUGACCUUCCUCGUCCUCCAGCUCUAUAGUCCUAUGAUGGAGCUCUUCACGCAGGCGGGUCUCUACUGGUUCUAUGGGGCGACCAGCGUGGUGGGGGUCGUGUUCUGUUUCGUUGCGGUGAUCGAGACGAAGGGUAAGGCUGUUGGGUGA